UUCCGGUACCAGGUCUCUGCUGGUCCAAUGGACCGGUUCUGGUUCCACAGAGAGAAACUAAAUGAAAACUAUAGAAGAACUGGAUCUCCUGACAGAACAACCCGACUGAUCAGAACCGGAUCAGAACCGGAUCAGAACCGGAUCAGAACCAGCAGAACCAGUCCUGGCCUCCAGCAGCCCCAGCCUUCCUCUGCCUAGCUCCUGGUGACGUCACAGCCCUCCUGCCCUCUGAUUGGCUGCUGCCAGCCUUUGGUUCCAGCAGCAGCUUCAGUUUCUSUCAGAGUCUCUGAGAGYCUGAAUGAUGAAGAUGAAGCUGCUCCUCUUCCUCAGCGGGGUCCUCUGGGUCUCUGCUGACGUUCUACAUGAGGACAUUGCUAUCGAUGGAUGUUCAGACUCUGAUGGAGAGAUGAUGUUCGCUCUGGAUGGAGAGGAGAUGUGGUACGCCGACUUCAACAAGAAGGAAGGAAUCGUAGCUCUGCCUCCUUUUGUUGAUCAUUUCACCUACGUGGAAGGAACUUAUGAACGAGCUGUGGCUAGUCAACAGAUCUGCAGAGCAAACCUGGGUAACAGUCGUAUCGGCAUGAAGGACAUCCCAGAUGAAAACGAUGCCCCCUCCRGCCUGGUGAUUUACCCCAGAGACGAAGUGGAGCUGGGAGAGAAGAACAUCCUGGUCUGCCACGUCUCUGGUUUCUAUCCGGCUCCGGUCAACGUCUCCUGGACCAGAAACGGUCAGAAAGUGACUGAAGGAACCAGCAUCAACGUUCCCUUCCCCAGUAAGGACWKCASCUUCACCCAGAUCUCCAGGCUGCAGUUCGUCCCUCAGCUAGGAGACAUCUACAGCUGCUCAGUGCAGCAUCUGGCCCUGACAGAACCACUGACCAGGACCUGGGAUGUGGAGAUGRACUCUCCUCAGUCCGGUCCCGGUCCGACCAUCUUCUGUGGAGUCGGUCUGACCAUCGGCCUGCUGGGAGUCGCUGUGGGAACUUUCUUCCUGAUC